ACCCGCUUGGCAGCCCCCUGCCCCGUUCCUGGGCACCUGAAGUGGUCCUCACUUGGCAGCCCUCUCCUACUGCCCGGGGCCUGAAGUGACCCCCCUCACUUGGCAGCCCUCUUUUCCUGCCUGGAGGCUGCCCCUGCCCCCUUUCUGGGUAUUGGAAGCCACCCCCACUUGGCAGCCCACUCCUCCUGCCCGGGGCCUGAAGUGACGCCCCCCUCACUUGGCAGCCCUGUCUUCCUGCCCGGGGACUGCCCCUUUCUUGGGCACUUGAAGCGACCCCCACUUGGCAGCCCACUCCUCCUGCCCGGGGCCUGAAGUGACCCCCCUCAUUUGGCAGCCCUAUCUUCCUGCCUGGGGGCUGCCCCUUGCCCCCUUCCUGGGCACUCGGCAGCCCUCUCCUCUUGCCCGGGGGCUGCCCCCUAACUGGGGCCUGAAGCGACCCCCAUUUGGCAGCCCCCUCCUCCUGCCCGGGCUGCCCACCCCGAGGAUUUACAGCCAAUUCGUAGCAUCCCUCCUCUGGAAGACCCCGAGACCAUCGCCGGGAGAAGGAGUUUGUUUUUCCCAGCAAGCCGCCCCUCCCCCCCUCCUCACUCCCCCUCCUUUCCUCCCCUCGCCGAAGAAGUGGAUUUUCUUGGUGACUGGGAAUUUUUUUCGAUCGGACUUCUUGGGGAACUCUUUGGAAGUAGGGCGUUGCAAGACGCGGGGGGUGGGGGAGGAGUGUUUAAAGAAGUUGUAAAAUGCAAGUUGGAUAAAAAACGACCUCUCGCCAAAGGGCCCCAAUGAGUGGCACACAGUCUACUAUCACGGACAGGUUUCCUCUCAAAAAACCUAUAAGACAUGGAAGUAUUUUGACCCGAGAGUCACCAACAGACAAGAAGCAGAAGGUUGAGCGCAGUACAUCCCACGACUUUGAUCCCACAGACAGUUCCUCCAAGAAGACAAAGUCUAGUUCAGAGGAGAGUAGAUCGGAGACAUAUGGUCUCGUUCAGCGCUGUGUAAUUAUCCAGAAGGAUGACAAUGGAUUUGGACUGACCGUCAGUGGAGACAACCCAGUCUUCGUACAGUCUGUCAAAGAAGAUGGAGCAGCCAUGCGGGCUGGAGUACAGACGGGUGAUCGGAUCAUCAAGGUGAAUGGAACUCUUGUGACGCACUCAAACCAUUUGGAGGUGGUGAAACUUAUCAAGUCGGGUUCCUAUGUAGCUCUCACUGUUCAGGGUCGCCCACCUGGGUCACCCCAAUUUCCAUUAGCUGACUCGGAAGUGGAUCCGGCAGUCUUCGGACAUAUGUCUCCCAUCCUGACAUCCCCCCACUCACCCGGACCAUCUGGAAAUAUGGAGAGAAUCACAAGCCCAGUGCUGAUGGGGGAGGAGAACAAUGUUGUUCACAACCAGAAAGUGGAGAUUCUGAGAAAGAUGUUACAGAAAGAACAGGAGCGGUUCCAGUCGUUGCAGGAAGAUUACAACCGAGCACCCUCUCAACGGCUCCUCAAGGAGAUCCAGGAGGCCAAGAAGCACAUCCCUCAGCUGCAGGAGCAGCUGUCCAAAGCCACAGGCUCUUCUCAGGAUGGAGCCGCAGUUCUACUCCCUAAGCCCUUGGGCGAUUCCUUGCUGGCCAGCGAGGUAGAAACAGACAGUGGGGAUGCGGUGGGUAGAAUUGAUUAUACCAGUGGAGAGGGUUCUCGACCCAGCAGCGACAUUGCUGAUAGUCCUCGGAGUGGCCUGAGAGAAAGGAUGUCUCUAGAAGAAAGCCCAGAGAAAAUGGAGAUGCAAGAUAAUGAUUCACACUCCAACAUCGGGAGUUCCCCUAACCGUAUAGCGUCUCAGAUCAUCGGGGCUGAAGAUGAUGAUUUUGGCACAGAACACGAACAGAUUAACGGGCAGUGCAGCUGCUUCCAAAGCAUCGAACUGCUGAAAUCGCGCCCUGCCCACCUGGCUGUGUUCCUGCACCAUGUGGUGUCACAGUUUGAUCCUGCAACGUUGCUCUGUUAUCUUUACGCAGAAUUGUAUAAACAGACGAACUCCAAAGAGACUCGCCGAAUCUUCCUUGAGUUUCAUCAGUUCUUCUUGGACCGGGCGGCGCACCUGAAAGUUUCGGUUCCCGAAGAAAUGUCUUUAGACCUAGAGAAGAGAAGACCAGAGCUCAUUCCUGAGGAACUGCAUCGCCAUUAUAUUCAUACUAUGCAAGAAAAAGUCUACCCGGAGGUUCAGAAGCACCUGGAAGACUUUAGGCAGAAGCGUAGUAUGGGCCUGACUCUGGCCGAGAGCGAGCUGACCAAGCUGGACGCAGAGCGGGAUCGAGACCGACUCACCCUGGACAGAGAGCGGGCCUGUGCGGAGCAGAUCAUUGCCAAAAUCGAAGAUGUGUUGAUGGCCGCUCAAGCCGUGGAAGAGGACAAGAGUUCCACCAUGCAGUAUGUGAUUUUCACAUACAUGAAGCACUUGGGGGUAAAAGUGAAAGAGCCUCGGAACCUGGAACACAAGCGAGGUCGCAUUGGAUUCCUACCAAAGAUCAAGCAAAGUAUGAAGAAAGACAGAGAAGGAGAGGAAAAGGUAAAGAGAAGAGGCUUCCCCAACAUCUUGGGCCCCCCAAGAAGACCAAGCCGCCAUGACAGCAGUGCAAUCGGCAGAGCCAUGGAACUGCAGAAGCAGCGCCACCCAAAGCACUUACCCUCGCCCUCCUCCGUGAGCCCCGAGCCCUCGGACUCUGCCAAGCUGCGCCAGAGCGGGAUCUUAAACGAUGGUGGAGACGUCGGGUAUCUGCCUGCUAACCCCACGUCCUCUCUGACUUCAGGAUUCAGUUCCACCCAGGAGGGAGGGAAGGAGAAUGAGACAGGGCCAAAGCAGACAGGAGAAGCCCAAGCCUUUGGAGACUGCACAGAUGCCACCCCCCGGAUUCCCAAUACCAUCUUUGAUUUCCCUCCCCCACUGCUUGACCAUUUACAAGAGGAGGAAGGCGAAAUGGAAAGGUUAGCGGAACAUGGAACUCCAAAACCUUUCCGAAAGUUUGACAGCGUAGCCUUUGGCGAUAUUCAGAGUGAAGAUGAACAAUCUGAGAAUGACUUGGAGACAGACCCUCCCAACUGGCAACAGCUUGUGAGCCGAGAGGUACUCUCCAGGCAGACACCUUAUGAGAUCAAGCGCCAGGAAGUGAUUAAUGAACUGUUCUACACUGAACGAGCCCACGUCCGCACCCUGAAGGUUCUCGAUCAGGUGUUCUACCAGCGAGUGUCCCGAGAAGGGAUCCUGCCCCCGUCAGAACUGCGGAAAAUCUUUUCGAAUCUGGAGGACAUUCUACAGUUACACAUUGGGUUGAAUGAGCAGAUGAAGGUUAUUCGGAAAAGGGAGGAGACCUCAGUUAUCGGUCAGAUCGGGGAGGACUUGCUGACUUGGUUCAGUGGAGCAGGGGAGGAGAAGUUGAAACAAGCAGCUGCCACUUUUUGCAGCAACCAGCCUUUUGCUCUGGAAAUGAUCAAAUCUCGUCAGAAGAAGGACUCACGCUUCCAGACCUUCGUGCAGGAUGCCGAGAGUAAUCCACUGUGUCGUCGACUGCAGCUAAAGGAUAUCAUUCCCACUCAGAUGCAGAGGCUCACUAAGUACCCCCUUCUGCUGGAUAAUAUUGCUAAGUACACAGAAUGUCCAGAGGAAAAGGAAAAGGUGAAAAGGGCAGCAGAUCACUGUCGCCAGAUCCUUAACUACGUGAACCAGGCAGUCAAAGAGUCCGAGAACAAGCAGCGCCUGGAAGAUUAUCAGCGCCGCCUCGAUACAUCCAACCUGAAGCUGACGGAAUACCCAAAUGUCGAAGAGCUGAGGAAUCUGGAUUUAACCAAGAGAAAGAUGAUUCACGAAGGACCGCUGGUGUGGAAGGUGAAUCGGGAUAAGACUAUCGAUCUGUAUACACUGCUGCUGGAGGACAUUCUAGUGCUGUUACAAAAACAAGAUGACCGGCUCGUGCUGAGGUGUCACAGUAAAAUUCUGGCAUCUUCAGCAGACAGCAAGCACAUAUUCAGCCCCGUCAUCAAAUUGAAUACGGUAUUGGUUCGGCAAGUGGCAACCGAUAACAAAGCUUUAUUCGUCAUCUCCAUGUCGGAAAAUCGCGCCCAGAUUUAUGAGCUGGUGGCACAGACAGUUUCUGAAAAGACAGUUUGGCAGGACCUGAUUGCUCGGAUGGCUCUUGCAGUGAAGGAACAAUCUACGGUUCCGCUACCCCAGUCUCCACCUUGCGAAGGGGAGCGGGAUGAAGAGGAACCCUCCAAAUUGAAGGAGGGGCCCCAGGGUAUCACUGCCAGCAAUCUGCAAAGUCCAGAGAAAGACUUGGGUUUGGAGUCAACCUUAAUAUCAAAGGCUCAGUCCCACUCACCUGUUACAGCCGGGAAGCCUGAAGUCGAUGUUCUUCUUGGGGCCAAGAGAGAGUUUGAAAAAGAGGAACAUGCAGAAGAAGCCCUGAAAGAAACUGGGAUGGACUAUCAAAGCCCAGUCCUGGACCCACAUUUUCCUGUUUCAGAAGAACAGUGGGCAUUGGAUGCCCUGAGGAACUUGGAUUUGCUGAAGCAGCUAUUGGUGCGGCAGCUGGGUGUGACCGAUAAAGGGACUUGGGAAGACUGGCAGCAUGUCCCCAGGUGUAGGACAGCCUCUCAGGGGGCCCGGGCAGGCAGCGGGAUCCACGGCGGACCAGGCCCCUCUGCCAACCACCAGGCCGCCCAGCCCGGAGAGGCCCGGCUGCCCUGCAGAACGGGGACUGGCCGAGCUACGGCUUGUUAUAGUCCAAGGACUUCCGUUGUAUCCCCGGCUCCCCGGGACCCUCUGGAGCUGGCAUCCCAGGAGAGCGGGGCAAGGAACAGUUUGGCAAUGGACCACGUGAUCCCGACCCCCGAGGUGCCCACCCCAGAUCUGGAAGUGGGCCCUGACGACAGCGGAGAGCACUUUUUCGACGCCCGCGAGGCCCACAGUGAUGAUAAUCCGUCAGAAGGGGAUGGAAGUGAAAGGAAAGAAGAGGAGGAGGUGCAGUUACGGAUCUCAGGAAACUUUUUGAUCCUUGACGGAUACGAGACAGUGCAAGAGAGCUCCACGGAUGAAGAGAUAGCGUCCUCCGUAGGCCUCCCGCGCACUGCGGGCCCCAGCUCUCUGGACUGUGCUGACGAGCAGGAGCGUUUCUGCCGGCCUGAUGGAGGCAGCUCCCCCUUCACCCCAGAAUGGCUACAUCCGCGCUUGGGAGCCCCGGGAGAGCCGGGCUUCGGGGCCCAGAGCCGCCCUCCCUCUGGAGAUUCCCGCAGCCAGAUCUUGCAGUACAUUCAGAAGAUAGAGGCCGACCUCGAACACUUAAAGGAGGUGGAGGAAAGUUACACCACUCUUUGCCAAAGGCUGGCUGGAUCAGCCCCCACAGAAGAGCACUCAGAUAGAAGCUAAAGUCGCGUCUCCCGGAGGGGCCUGAAGGAAGAGCGUCAUCGGCCUCGCGUCACCACGCCCCGGCUCUCGGGUGGAUUUGGGAAGGGAGAGUGACGGGAGUGUCUGCCGGGGGUCCGAACGAGGAACAGAGAUCUCGAGCGUGCUCGGCGGGGAGAUAGCUGGUCCCUGGAGGGGCAGCGCUGCCUUGUCCAGCCGGCGGGAGCCAGUAGCAUCUACUCUUACAACCUCCUCCUCCCCUCUUGGAAAUUCAUUUGAACAAAAAAAAAAAACGAAAACCAAAUGUACAGAGCUUUGGGGGUAGGCCAUAAAAAUAUAUUUAGACUUUUAAAAAAAAGAAAAAAAAAGAAAAUCAGAUGUAUUUAUUUGACUUCAUUCCGUAUUUUGAAAGCACAUUUUAAUUUUUUUUUUUUUUUGCUGUAUUUUUGGUUGGUUUUAAUUGAGUAGUGACAGUUUUAGCCCUUAGUAUUUACUGCAUCCAAGGUCAGCUGGUCCCGAAGUCAAAAUUCAGACCUAAUGGGAGCUGGAGUUGGCUGGGGGGAGGGAUGGAGGAGGAGGAGGAGGAGGAGGAGGAGGAGGAGGAGGAGGAGGAAGAAGAAGAGGAGCAGAGGGUACGUGGUUUCACCGGACUGGAUUUGGCAAUCCCGGCUGGUUGGCACCCAGGCUGUUUCUGAAAGGGCCAGCUCUCCCCAAGACUCUCGUGAAGAGGGUCUGGACUGUGGACUGCAGUGAUCGGGCAGCAAGGGGGCUUUCCCGGCCCUCUCCCCAGCAGGGGAAAGUCUCUUCCUCUGCAGCUAAGGUCAUCUCCCGUGUAACGAGAAUUCUCAAUGCACUAAAUAGCCAGGCACUUGAAAAUUGGUGAACUUAGUCUCUCCUUCCCACCCUCCCUCCCCCACCCCCCACCUCAUCUUCCUCUAAGUCGUGGGAUCUAAGAGGAAGAGGAGAAGCCAGAUGUUAUUUUCUUGACUGUAAGAUAGUCUUGAUAUUGUCUCAUUUUUGUAGUGAUCUGUGGGGCUUGGGCACUUGUGUAAAAUUGUCCCCUGCUGGUUGAGCAGAAAAAAAAGCAAACAAAAAAAUAUUUCAGAGAGAAAAGUGGAAGGGGGGGGGUGGGAUUGGGGGGGGUGGGAGGGAGGGACUCGGGUAUGGGCGUGUCUAGCUGAAACACUACUGAGUUGAACCAUGGCUACUGUUGGAGUUAGCCAGGGGUACUGCUGAUUAUAGGGCCAGUAAGUUUUUAGUACCUGGAGGUUUGACUCGCUGAAUUUGCACUGAUCGUGCCAAAGUGCUCUCGGAUCACGUCAGACCCGAAGCCGGACUGGAGAGAGACGCCCUGGAGGAUGCUGGGGAUGGCCUACACCUGCUCCGUAUGGCACUUCUGUGACUUCACGGCUCUAGCCCACUCCAUCCUGGGAGCAAGAUGGACCUUGCAAAUCACAGACGGUUGCCAGAACGCACGCACGCACAUGCACACACAUGUACACACACACACACACACACACACACACACACACACACACACACACACACACACACACGACAUGACCCUCCAGGCUGGUCCGCGGAACACAUCCCGGAAUUGGCAGUACCCGACAGCAGCCUGGCUCAAUCGAGAAACCAUCACUUCCAAACUCCUUCAUUCCAACAGUUUUUCGACAGCAUUUUUAUCUGCAUCAGUCAGGGGAGCCAAACGUUGUGCCAAACUCGCAGAACUGGUAGCGUUUAAAGGAAUUCACCUCCCGUUUACGUGUUUUAGCGGUUCCCCCACCAAUCUCCGUGGAGGGUCAGGUUCUAAUGUUCACUUCAUGUUCUCUUGCGGACAUACACGAUCAGGUCUUUUGGCAUGGCACAUGACAAAAAGCCCUCCGCUGUCUAUCAGACAUUGUGUGGCUAGGGCCUAACCACUCCAUCUGGCAGAAUACAGUUCCGGGCUACCCUUGUCUAGAACCUGAGCUUUGAAAAGAUUCAGCCGCAGGCAUUGAUUUUUGGACCUCUUCUGUGGGCCUGUUCUUGAUCCCAGAUCGGAGAUGAAAUACAGUUUGGGCCGCGAUGGGGAUAGAGAGCUUUCGAGGCAGAACUGAGGUGAAUGGAAGAUUGGCUGGGCUGGAGGGUUCCCAAUCAGGCAAGGGGAGUGAGCUGGAAACAAAAGCGGCUUCCCCUUGGUGCUGGCAAGCG